ACUGACAGCAGUUUCACCAUGAGGUGCAUCAUUGUAGCCAUCCUUCUUUGUGCAUGCGUGCAAUACUCCACACAGCAGAACUUAUUGGAGUUAGUUAAAUUCAAAAAUGAGUGCGUAUCCGAAUACAACAUUACCUCCAGCAUGAUCAAGUCCGUUGUGAAGGAACUAAUAAACGCCGAUUUUACAAACCUAAACCAACUUAAAGAUUUCCCAAUUUGUUUAAUGACGAAAAUUGGUCUUAUUGACAAAGAUGGGAAUGUAAAUCCGAAUGCAUUAAAGAAGUACGUGGGUGUGAUACCGAAGGGAAAAGAAAUUUUGGAGGUUGCAAAUGAAUGUAAAGACCGCAGAGGCGAGAAUGUCGCGGAUACGAUUUAUGAAGUUGGCCUCUGUGUAAUCCAAGGGGCUAUUAAAAAAAUGCCAUUUGGUAACAUAAUUUCCUCUUUUCUUCAGAUAAAUUAAGGUGGUGAUGAUGUGAAUUCUUUUGUCUUUUCUACUAGUUACCACAGGGAACAGAUUCAAUGAUGUUAGUACUCAUUGAAAGUUUCCUAUGGAAAUAUUUCUGUUAAUAUAUCUAUUCCGUUUAGAAAUUGUAGUAGUUUUAAAUGUUAAUAAUUAGGGCUCCUUGUCUAUUAGAUGGAGAUGUCUGUAAAAUGUUGGCCUGGGUUAAUCUCCUUUCAAAAUCAGUACCUACUUUAUUGGGUACAACGUCGGCAACAUUAAGCCUUAGUGCAAGACAACCAUUUUGAUUUAUGAGAUCACAGCGUAUCAUUGGAAAAUGAUGAGUGAAAAUCGUUUUCGUCCUAAAUCAACCUCUAUUACGACGGGAACUGUAACGCCUUUAAGGGUCGCUGACAGUCUUGUGUCCGUACACAGAAUGAACCGGCCCUAUAAGCGAGUUACCUCGUGGAAGGGCGCAGGCUUACGUAAACAAACGUCUCCAUACCGAAUAUGAUGUAUUAUUUAUCUAAGUAAAGGCAAAGAAAUAAAAAAAAAUGGUACAA